AUGACAGGGAAUCCCCCCACGACCAACCAACCAUCAGCCAAAACAUCUUUAAGAAGAUUAUUCGGCGAACAAACGGACCCGCAAAAGCGGGACAAAAUGGCGCCCGUGGCACACGCGAGAAGCAGCCAGCCAUCCAGCCCGACAGCGUCGGACGGUUCCACGGAGGACCAAGAUAUCAGGGCAAUACUGAAUCAACUGCCAUCCAAAACAGAUCUAGUGGCUAUGUUCCAGAAGCUAGAGGACAGCUUCAGUGAAAAACUCCAGACUGUCAGCGCAGAUGUCCAGCACCUUAGAGUCAGAGUGCAG